AUGUCUCGUCUACUCCUCAUUGUAGCGAUGUGGGUGUCCACCGCGCAUGCAGCGACGGUGGUACCUGUCACAAUGCAGCCGCUUCUUGGUAAACUGAGGAAAGGCAUCACGAACGACAUCGCUACUAUCGCAGAGCCUAUUGAGAAGGCUCUGUUUGCUAUAGGCUUUAGUCAGUGCAGUGAAGUGAAGAAGCUGCUAGGAGUGGACUAUGCCACCUUCAAUCGAAUGGAUCCAGACCUGAACAGCCUGAGUCUAGUAUUCACCACGAGGUCAGUAGACAUCAAGUACAAGCUAAGAGACGCGGCGCGCCUCAUCCCGCAGUCGGAGUGGUUUGAUCCCACCAAGCCGCUGAAGAUCUACCUCCAUGGCUUCUUCGACGAUCCCUCACAGGAUGCCUUCACCAAGCUCAGUAAGGCGUUCCUGGAUGCAGGUGAUGUGAACGUCCUAGCGCUGGACGCGAGCUCCUUGCUGGGCUGGCGGUACCUGCGCGCCACCACCAUGGUGCAGUUCAUAGGGGAGCAGCUCGGGAAGCUACUGGCUUCACUUGUUAAAGCGGGCCUCCGUCGAUCCAACAUCCAUUUAAUUGGACAUAGUCUUGGGAGUCACAUAUCCGGGUUCGCGGGCAAGACGUUCAAGACACUAAUCAAGCACCGGGUCGGCCGGAUAACCGGGUUGGACCCGGCUGGGCCAUGCUUCUCGGACGUGAAUGUCACACUGAGGCUCAAUAAGAAAGACGCUCGGUUUGUUGACGUCAUCCACACUGACGCUGGAGUGUAUGGUAUCGCUGAGAGAGUGGGUCAUGUGGACUACUUCCCGAACGGUGGUUCCAAGCAGCCGAGCUGUCCCCCGACCCACCUGCUGGACUCCUGCAGCCACAGCCGUGCCUGGCUGCUCUUCGCGGAGUCUGUCACCAAUCCAGACGCCUUCGUCGGAGUUGCCUGUCCAGACUGGGCCGCAUUUCAAAACCAACAGUGUAAUUAUUCUGAUUUGAGCCCUAUGGGUCUGGCUAGCCGGCCUGGGACGCGAGGCACCUACUACCUCAGUACAGCAGAGGAGUCUCCUUACGGCCUAAGUGAAGACGGCAUCAGAUUCGUCAAGAGCGAGGGUGUCUUCCGGUUCUUCACGGAUAUCUUCUCAAUGUUCACCGGGCAACGCUGA